UAAAAAACUGCAAAAAUUGAAUUAAAAAAGCGGGUAAAAAUUUAAAAUCACAAGACUGAGAGGCCUCCAUAUAUGUUUAUAGGGUAUGCUCAAAGGCGAAAGCUUUUUUAGGCUAAAUCGUGCAAUUGAUUCAAGAAUUCAAGAAUUUGGAAUUUUUAGAGAAUAAUUCAUGUGAAUAGUCUUGCAAAACAUCGGAUCGAAGCUUCAUGGCUGCUAUCACAUGCCACAUGGUGCAGUGCCAGCAGAUAACAAGGAAUCCCUUCCAUCCCGGCCGUUCGUCAGCUACUAAGACUAAUGCCAUGUUCUUGAGAAAGAUUAAUGCUCAAUGCAAAGACAUCUCUCAGCAGCUUCAUAUCUCUAUGGACCCUCAAUUAGAAAGUAGACAACCAUCUGAUCUUCAUUUUGAAAAGCUUCAACCUGCAAAUGAGAACUAUGGAGGCAAGCAUAUUAGGGUUUUUGGCAGUUAUGUUGCGAGAGAAGCCAUGGUAGAUGAAGAAUAUUGGACAGCGGCGUGGUUGAGGGCUGAGAGCCAUUGGGAGAGCCAACUCUAUGUGCGGUACAUUGAUAGUUACAAGAGGAAGUUCGCAGAGCAGGAGUUCAGUGCAUUGAAACGGCGAUGUACUGGGCAGCAAACCCAAAAGUCCUACUGUAUUGUUGGGGUCAAAAAAGAAGAAAAUAAUGUGAAGCGUAUGGUACUGAACAGCAUUUUGGGGACUCUUGACAUGAGCAUUCAGCAUCUAUUAAGAGGAAGAAAUUUUCCAGGAGGGACAACGAGGACAUGUAUAUCAACGUGCCUGCAUGGAGGAUAUAAUCAAGAGAGAUAUGGAUAUGUCUCAAAUUUAUGUGUAGCCAAGUUUGCACGUCGUCAAGGAAUAGCAAGCAAUAUGCUCUAUUUGGCCAUAGAUGCAGCCAAGGCUUCUGGCGUGGAUCAGAUAUUUGUGCAUGUAGACAAAGAUAACAAACCUGCGCAAAAAUUAUAUGAGAAGAUAGGAUUCCAGAUGGUUGAAGAGGAAUUCCCUAAUUUAUCAAUGGAGAGAAAUUAUCUAUUAUGCUUCAAGAUGUGAUUUUGUGCUGUACAGACAAGAUUUCAUUGACAGUUGGGCCUUCAAUAAAAUCUUUCAUAUGAUCAAGAUUUCAUCUGAACUGGAGAUAUGAUACAAAUACACUGAUAAAGUCAUUUCAGUAAGAGAAAAAUGCUUCCUCAUCUUCACCAUGAACUGGAUACCUCUCUCUCUCCCAUUUGUUGUGUUGUAGAGGAAAAUGAACCCAGCGACAGCUUCAUGAAUCUCUUUCUUUGU